AUGGCGUCUCCUGCUUGCUCCAUCCUUCAGCCGCCCGGGCUGGUGGUGAGCCUUGACUUUGGCACCUCCUUCAGUGGCGUGGCCGCAAAGGCCCUGGGGUCUGACCCCGACGUGCUCAACAACUUUCCGUACCAGGCGGGUGACCUGACGUUUGGCUGGAUCACCACCCCUGCCCUGCCGGCCUCCGUCGGUGCCCGUGUAGCGGGCAGCGGCAGCGCCGGCGCUUGGGCCGCAUUCAACGACGACCUGGACGGCUGGGACGCCAUCUCCUGCACAUCCAGCAGCCCCGCCGCUUCAGCGGCCGGCACCAUUCCCAAGGUUGCCCCCGCCGUCACCAGCAAUGGCGAGCCCGCCACCCCGACGUACGAGCUGGUGGACAUCGGCUAUGCAGCAGACUCAAAGCACACCAAGAUGAGCCCUCACGAGCGCGCCGCCCAUGUCCUGCUGUCCCGCUUCAAGCUGCACCUGGCACACCCCAGCCCGGCCUCGCUGGCGCCGCUGCCGCCCGGGCUGGGCCUGGAGCGGGUGAUAACCGAUUACCUGGGGGGCCUGCACCGCCAGGCUCUGGCCUGGCUGGCGCGGUCGCGCUACGCAAAGAUGUGGGACGAGGCCGCAGCAUCGUACGUUCUGACUGUCCCUGCGAGCUUGAGCGACCAGGCCAAGGACACUAUGCGCCGCUGCGCCCACCAGGCCGGCGUCAUCCCCGACGCUGGCUCCCGCAGGCUGCAGCUGGUGCACGAGCCUGAGGCAGCGGCAGUGGCACUUGUGAAGGAGUACUGGCCCGCUCUCAGCCUUGCAAAAGGUGAUACAAUUCUGGUGUUGGACCUGGGUGGAGGCACGGCUGACAUCACACUGCACGAGCUGGUCCCUGGCAAGGACAGCGGCGACGCCGACCACCUCAGGGUCCACCUUCUGGACGACCGUUUCUGGUCCUGGCUGGGGGCCGAGGUCGGCGAUGCUGGCCUGCUCACGGCCUGGAGGGAGGAGAGGCCGGCCGACUACCUGCGGCUGAUGAAAGCCUGGGAGGAGACCAAGCGCACGUUCAAGGGUGACAACCACCAGGGCAAUUCCAAGGUGCAGCUGGCCCAGAGCCUGUGGCGGCGUUUGCCGCUAGCCACAAAGCAAGCGCUCUGCGGCGGCGAGGAGGAUGAGGACGAUGACGAGGCGCAGCACGUGGUCCUGUCUACGCCCAUCAUGGAGGGCCGCAUCUUCAAGCCGGUGGUGGAUCAGAUCCUGGAUGCGGCGCAGCCCAUGACCCACUGGGAUGGUGGAGUGGUCGACUAUGGUGGGUUGCGGGUCCACCAUCUGGUCUCCAUGUCAUCUUGA